GUCCGCCGAGCCAUGUCGUUGAGCCCCAAGCACACGACGCCCUUCUCCGUGUCCGACAUCCUGAGCCCCAUCGAGGAGACCUACAAGAAGUUCGGCGGCGCAAUGGACGGCGCGCCGCCCGGCCUGGGGGCGCCCCUGGGGGCCGCGGCCGCCUACCGUGCGCCGCCGCUCGGCCCCUCCUCUCAGGCGGCGGCGGUGGCGGGCAUGCAGCCACCCCACGCCAUGGCGGGCCACAACGCGGCGGCGGCGGCGGCGGCCGCGGCGGCCGCGGCGGCCGCGGCUGCCGCCACCUACCACAUGCCGCCGGGCGUUUCGCAGUUCCCGCACGGCGCCAUGGGCGGCUACUGCAACGGCGGCCUGGGCAACGUGGGCGAGCUUCCCACCUACACGGACGGCAUGCGGAGCGGCGCGGCCGCCGCGGCCACCGGCUGGUACGGCGCCAACCCGGACCCGCGCUACUCGUCAAUCUCCAGGUUCAUGGGGCCAUCGGCGGGCGUGAACGUGGCCGGCAUGGGGUCGCUGACGGGCAUCGCGGACGCCGCCAAGACGCUGGCGCCGUUGCAUGCGGCUGCGGCGGCUCCGCGAAGGAAGCGUCGCGUGCUCUUCUCGCAGGCGCAGGUCUACGAGCUGGAGCGUCGCUUCAAGCAGCAGAAGUACCUGUCGGCUCCCGAGCGCGAGCACCUGGCCAGCAUGAUCCACCUGACGCCCACGCAGGUCAAGAUCUGGUUCCAGAACCACCGUUACAAGAUGAAGCGGCAGGCCAAGGACAAGGCGGCGCAGCAGCUGCAGCAGGAGGGCGGCCUGGGCCCUCCGCCGCCUCCGCCGCCGUCCCCGCGUCGCGUGGCGGUGCCCGUGCUGGUCAAGGACGGCAAGCCGUGCCAGAACGGUGCCAGCACGCCGACACCCGGCCAGGCCGGCCCGCAGCCACCGGCCCCGACGCCCGCGCCUGAGCUCGAGGAGCUGUCGCCCAGCCCGCCCGCGCUGCACGGCCCUGGGGGCGGCCUGGCGGCCCUGGACGCGGCCGCGGGGGACUACGGCGGCGGCGGCGGCGUGCUUGGCGCCAACCUGCUCUAUGGCAGGACGUGGUGA